CCGAAGAACCUCUUCUUGCAGAUAAUGGAUGUGUCCAACUAUUCCGAGCGCAAAUAGACUGAUGGCGUUACUCUCGGCCGCGUCGUCUUAAGGCUCAAUUACCAGUUGUGGUUCAGCGGCUCCGCGCGGAGCUCGAAUUUUUAUUUUCGUGCGCCGCGAUCCUAGUUUCGCGCCAUGCGGCCCGCUCCAGUACUCCGCCGAUGACGGCCCCGUGUCCCAGUGCCUUAUCAACUUCCAAAGUUCCCAAGUGACAAUGCCGCCGGCCAGUGUUAGUGCGUGACCAGUGUGUGAGUGCCACGGGCUAGGCGAAGCCUAGGAAAAAUGUACAGUGCUCUCGGAUGAAGAUGUCUCACAGAAUCGCGCUCCUAGUUUUCCUCAUACAGGUUUUCGCAGGCGGCACGGAUCUCUCGCAUGUGCUCGAUGCUUCGGAUCCCGCCCUCGGGCCCGGGGGAAUCAGGGGGAGCAAUGACUCAGAUCAGGGUGGGAACCUCCCCGACAGAGGGCGCAAGUUCAUGUUCAACGACACGGAACUCUGGACCAAGUUCAGUUUGGUCGUACGCCCGGACCAAAGUCCGGGGGCGUCGUUGACGACGGAGAAAAACGGGUUGAUCUACACGACGAACCGGUCCCUGGGGGUCCCGACGCCCACCCCUCUGGCCAGUAAAUGGACCAAGGUCCACGUGACGCUGCCCCCGCGCAAGUCCACGCCGCCCUCGCUCGCGACGACCGCGACGUCCAUGACGUGGACGACGAGGCCCACGACGACGACGACGAUGAUGACGUUCGCGACGCAAAAGCCGGCGACGACCCUCUCGACGUUGGCGGCCUCGGUGACGAAUCGGUCGGUGUUGUUGCCGGAAACGCGGCGGAAGCCGGAGAAAAAGGACCGGCAGGACGACAUUUUUUACGACGAUGAGGAUGAGGACGAGUACGAGGAUGAAGAUGAGGAGGAGGAGGACGAGGAAGAGGAGGAACUCGAGGAAGCAGAGUUCGUAGAAGUCGAAAAAGUCGACUAUGAAAAUUAUUCAGAGGAGCCUCCUACAAUACUUAAGAAAAAGAAGAAGCGGAAACGGAAACGAGGGAAAAAGAAUUCGCUGAAGCUAAAAGACUUCAAGAAAUUAAAGAAAUUCAUGUUACCGUUACUUCUGGCAUAUAAGCUCAAAUUCUUCACACUUGUCCCGCUGCUACUUGGAGGACUUGUGCUCAUCGUCGGGACCACAGGUUUCGCCGGAUUCUUCUUCGCCCUCUUUGCCGUCGGCCUUGGUCUUAAACACCACUAAUAGCACUGAACGUUG